UGUGGCGCACGCUCGGUAGUGAACACGGUAUAUGACUCUUCAUUCAUAAACACAGCGAAGGCAAACUGACUGACAGUUGAAUCGAGAGUAAGAAAAUCAACAAUUCCGGACAAUCAAGCUUUUGACACCAAGAGAGCAAAUCACCACUUUUAUCUGGGCGUUUCUUCCUUUUCUUGAGGUUGUGUUUAUUUCACUAGUUUGUCACAGCUUCAGAUCCGAAGAAUGAGAGGGAAUCUUUCCCCGAACGAAGAUAUUUCAGCGUAUUAUUCAAUGAUGCCAGUCUCGGACUUCCAUGAAAAUGUUCCCUGUACGGUGGAGCCCGCGGAGAGUGUCUGUGGAGCGGCAGAACCUGUCACCUCCAGACCGCGGAUGGGGCAUACCUUUCUGGCGCAGGAUAGAGGAUGCGCGCAGGACGUAGCUGAAGAGUUAAAGGAAAAAACUGUGCUUGCCCCACCAAUGUUCAUCUUUCAAAAGAAAACCCCAUCCAUGAAGAGAAGCGCAGAGAGAUGGGAGGAGGGCUCAGUUAUGGGAAUCAGUCCAAACAAACGAGUCAGAUCGCUCACCUACCCUAACCCUAACAACAGAAUCAGGAAAGGCUCCUGUGACGGCAGUAGACGAGUGCGAUCAAGCUCUCUCUCUUUUCCCCCCCGUCCUCCAGUCUCAAGAUCAAAUGUCUUCAUGCCCUCAAAUCUCUGCAGCCAGACCAACAUUUCCCAAAACAAAGUGUCACCUCUGAACAGGGUCAGAAGGUCAUUACUUCAGCCUGCACGUCUCCUCGCCCCUCAGCCCAGGAACAACCUCUCACAGCCACACCUAUCUGAGGUCAGCCAUGACCUUUCAGACGAUUGCUGCAGCGUCACAACUGACCACUCCUCCACUGUGGGUGUAUUACAUCUGAAGACGUUCCCUCAAGUUCACAGAUUGAAGGCAGACACUAUUACCUCAGACAGGGUCCAGUUUGUAUUUGGGGAAAACAUGGGCGCGAGAGUUUUGAGACCACAGAAAUUGCCCAGCAGUGAACAUUCUGAUUGCAGCUCCUCUAAUUCUGAGUCCUCCACCUUUGAGACAAGGCAUAAAGGUGCUGUGUGGAGCAGCCUGAGGGAGUCUGCUGCAGCUUACACAGAGUCCUGUGGGAGGCAGCGUGUGCUCAGGCGGGUUCAGCUGUUCACUGGGGAGGAGAAGGAGAGCAAUGUGGUCCAGCUGACCUGCAGACUGUUUGUUCUGGAAAAUGGAACUCAGGCAUGGAAUGAGCGAGGGAGAGGAGUCCUGCGACUCAAUGAUCUAAUGGCAGGGACCAAAGGAGGGCUGCAGUCCAGGAUAGUGAUGAGGCACCAGGGCAGUCUGAAAGUCAUCCUCAACACUAAGCUCUGGCCCCACACACACCUGCGUCGCCCCGCCCGUCGGAACCUCCAGGUGACUGCCACCGACGUGGAGACCCAGGCCAUCCGGGUGUUCCUCAUCCAGGCCAGCGCCAGGGACGUGGCUCGCCUCUACGUGGCCAUCCACCAUCGGCUGGUAGCCCUACGGUCCAGUGCUGCUGGGAGGGAGGCAGGGGCUGCAGGGGGCAGGACCAGGGAGGGACACUGCAACAGUGAGAAUGAGGAAGAGGAGGAGCAGGAAGAACAGAGACAACGGCAAGAACGAGAAGGGCUGCUAGUGACACGAUUGCGACCUGUGGUUUCUGAUUGGAUACACAGUAAACCCAGUUUGGAAUCUUGGUGACAUGACAUUAUACUGACCUGGACCAUGCAACAGUUUGUGGUGUCAUCACAUCUGAACAGAACUUUUAACCAUCAUGGAACAAAACAUCAAGAGACAGCUUUCAAAAAUAAAUACUAGCAUUUACUGAGCUACCAUGACUACCUUUUGCCAAAAGAAGAUAUAUUACAUGACAAAAGUAUGUGGACACCUGCUUGUCGAACAGCUGAUUCCAAAAUCAUGGGCAUUGAUAUGGAGUUGGUCCUCCGCUUUGCUGCUGUAACAACCUCCACUCUUCUGGGAAGGCUUUCCAUUAGAUGUUGGAACAUUGCUGCAAUGACUUGCUUCCAUUCAGCCACAAGAGCAUUAGUGAGGUCAGGCACUGAUGUUGGCCGAUUACGCCUGGCUCGCAGUCGGUGUUCCAAUUCUUCCCAAAGGUGUUAGAUGGGGUUGAGGUCAGGGUUCUAUGCAGGCCAGUCAAGUUCUUCGACACCGAUCUUGGCAAACCAUUCUGUAUAGACCUCGCUUUGUGCAUGGGGUCAUUGGCAUGCUGAAACAGGGAAGGGCCUUCCCCAAACUGUUGCCACAAAGUUGGAAACACAGAAUCGUCUAGAAUGUCAUUGUAUACUGUAGCGUUAAGAUUUCCCUUCACUGGAACUAAGGUUCCUAGCCUGAACCAUGAAAAACAGCCACAGACCAAUAUUCCUCCUCCGCCAAACUUUACCGUUGGCACUAUGCAUUCGUGCAGGUAGCGUUCUCCUGGCAUCCGCCAAACCUAGAUUUGUCCGUCGGACCAACAGAUGGUGAAGCGUGAUUCAUCACUCCAGAUAACGCGUUUCCACUGCAGAGGCCAAUGGCGGCAAGCUUUACACCACUCCAGCCGAUGCCUUGGCAUUGCGCAGGGUGAUCUUAGGCUUGUGUGCGGCUGCUCGGCCAUGGAAACCCAUUUCAUGAAGCUCCUGACGAACAGUUCUUGUGCUGACAUUGUUUCCAGAGGCAGUUUGGAACUCACUAGUCAGUUGUAUGUGAUUGUAUACCAAGGUAAGCAAGGUUUGAAAUGGUUUUAGUCAAAUUAUAUCUGUGAGAUUCUUGCGGUCAAUUUGCAGUCUACAAUUGAUCUUUAAUCAUGACCUGGACCAUCUGCUGAGGAAAAAUAAAUAAGUUGGCCCACGGCUGAAUCUAGUUGAUGAUCCCUGUCCUAUACAUUUCCACUUCACAAUAACAGCACUUACAGUUGAACGGGGCAGCUCUAGCAGGGCAGAAAUUUGAUGAACUGACUUGUUGGAAAGGUGGCAUCCUAUGACAGUGCCACAGUGAAAGUCACUGAAAUCUUCAGUAAGACUGCCAAUGUUUGUCUAUGGAGAUUGCAUGGCGGUGUGCCUGAUUUUAUAUACCUGUCAGCAACGGGUGUGGCUGAAAUGGCAGAAUACACUAAUUUGAAGAGGUAUCCACAUACUUGUGUAUAUAAAGUGUACCUUUGUGUUGACAUGACUAUAUUGCUGUACUUAGUUGUGUACUUUACCAAAUUGUGGCAGUGUGUAAUGAGAGGGUAUACUGCCACAUUUUUAUUAUGCAUUUAUAAUGAAUAAGUGCUAUUUGUGGCCGAGGCACCCACAUUACUUACUGGAAACCUAUUUGGAAUGUUUUCAAAAUAUUUUGUUAUUCUAUAUUUUGGGUGGAAAAACUUUAACCAUUUUUGUAUCUUUCACUACAAAUAUAUUAGAAUGUCUUUACUUCGUGCCUUCAGAAGGUAUUCAGACCCCUUGACUUUUUACACAGUUAGGUUACAGCCUUAUUCUAAAGUUGAUUAAAUAGUUCUCCCCCUCAAUCUAUACACAAUAACAAAGCAAAAAUGGGUUUUAAGAAAUGUUGGCACAUUUAUUAAAAAUUAAAAACAAAUGUUUAUGUAAGUAUUCAGACCCUUUACUCAGUACUUUGUUGAAGCACCUUUGGCAGUGAUUACUGCCUCGAGUCUUCUUGGGUAUGUCGGCAACCAGCUUGGCACACCUGUAUUUGGGGAGUUUCUCCCAUUAUUCUCUGCAGAUCCUCUCAAGCUCUCAGGUUGGAUGGGGAGCGUCACUGCACAGCUAUUUUCAGGUCUCCAGUUCGGUCGGGAUGUUAGGGUCAUUGUCCAGUUGAAGGUGAACCGUCGCCCCCGUCUGAGGUCCUGAGCGCUUUGAAGCUGGUUUUCAUCAAGGAUUUCUCUGUACUUUGCUCCGUUCAUCUUUCCCUCGAUCCUAACUAGUCUCCCAGUCUGUGCUGCUGAAAAACAUCCCCACUGUGUUCUUGGGGACCUUCAAUGCUGCAGAAAUGUUUUGGUACCCUUCCCCAGAUCUGUGCCUCGACACAAUCCUGACAGAGCUCUAAAUCAAAUCAAAUUUUAUUGGUCACAUACACAUGGUUAGCCAAUGUUAAUGCGAUUGUAGCGAAAUGCUUGUGCUUGCAGUAAUAUCUAACAAUUCCCCAUCUACCUAAUACACACAUCUAAAGGGAGAAAUAAGAAUAUGUACAUAUAAGUAAAUAUAUGGAUGAGCAGCAUAGGCAAGGUGCAAUAGAUGGAUAAGGUACAGUAUAUACAUAUGAGAUGAUUAAUGUGAGGUGUUAACAUUAUUAAAGUGGCAUUUAUUAAAGUGGCCAGUGAUGAGUCUCUUUGUAGGCAGCAGCCUCUCUGAGUUAGUGAGGCCUUGAGAUAGAAGCUGUUUUUCAGUCUCUCGGUCCUAGCUUAGAUGCACCAUGUACUGACCUCGCCAACUGGAUGGUAGCGGGGUGAACAGGCAGUGGCUCGGGUGGUUUUUGUCCUUGAUGAUCUUUUUGGCCUUCCUGUGACAUCAGGUGCUGUAGGUAUCUUGGAGGGCAGGUAGUUUGCCCCCGGUGAUGCGUUGUGCAGACCGCACCACCCUCUGGAGAGCCUUGCGGUUAAGGGUGGUGCAGUUGCCGUACCUCUACGGACAAUUAUUUGCCCUCAUGGCUUGGUUUUUGCUCUGACAUGCACUGUAAACUGUGAGACAUUAUGCAGACAGGUGUGUGCCUUUCCAAAUCAUGUCCAAUCAAUUGAUUUUACCACAGGUGGACUCUAAUCAAGUUGUAGAAACAUCUCAAGGAUGAUCAAUGGAAACAGGAUGCACCUGAGCUCAAUUUUGAGUCUCAUAGCAAAGGGUCUGAAUACUUUAAAAAAAAAGUGCAAACAUUUCUAAAAAAAUGUUUUCGCUUUGGCAUUAUGGGUUUUGUGUGUAGAUUUGAGGAAAAUGUUUUAUUUAAUCAAUUUUAGAACAAGGCUGUAACUUAACACAAUUUUGAGAGAGUGAAGGGGUUUGAAUACUUUCCAAAUGCACUGUUAUAUUUAUCUGCUUCUGGUAAUAUCACCAUGUUAUGUGAACAGUUGAUUGUGAAUGAUAAACUCAAAAGUUGUAUCAGAAAAUCAGUAAUCAUCAUUUUUAAUGGUUGUGGGUUUUGCUGAGCUGAUUUUACUAAGAGUCCUAGAGCCUAGUAGACCUGCUUUCAUCUAUGCAGUGUUUUCAGUGAUGGAAAGAUGACAAAGGUAGGCCACUUUGUACAAUGUGUGCCAAAUUAAUAGCCUCUCUACUGCUGUUUUUCCUUCACGAACACUAAUACAUGUAAGUACUGGUGAGGUAUGAAUUAGUGUGUCUAACAACAAUAAAAAAUAAAAAUAAAUGGCAAAAUGAGUAAUAUAAA